AUGUUUAACUCCGCAAAUGAACUGGAAGUUUUGGAAGAAACGACUGCGGAGAUCUCCCAGCUCUCUUCACUGGCACUGGCAGGGGACCCAGCAUGCAGCGACAGCAGCUCAGCUGGUUCACCCGAAAAAACUGGCUAUCCGGACUCCGUUUACAUCCUGGCAGCGAAUAUUUUUCAGGGCACUAGACUCGAAAAGUCACCAGAGAAAGCCUUAAUAAAGUAUGGGAAUGAGCCCUUGCCGUCCUCAACCGAACCCGAGGAUGAAUCCUUUCAGCGUUUGUCCUAUGAGUUGGCUUUCAGUGCACUUAAGUAUCAAGAUAUUUUGGAAACUAUAUUAAUAGACAGCUAUAUCUUCCCAAGUACCACAAUACCACAUCAUUUGAACAGUCUUAUCAUUGUGAUGCUAUAUGAUUUCCAAGACAGAAAAUUUCAAGCUCGUCUCCUUUCUGAUAAUGAAGCGUCUAUAGCAGAAGUUCUAGAAGUGGAGAACCUUCUUAACAGUUUUAAGACAAAAUUGGCUGCAGCAUUGGCAAGAUGUCGAAUCAAACAUGAUGCCCUUUCAAUUUACCACAUUCUUCCAGAAACAGUUAGGAACCAAGAAUUAAGGGCCUCCACUUUGCCACUUUAUGCUUGGAUAAAUACUUGUAAAAUCAGCCCUGAAGAAGUUUACUAUACUUUGAAGAAAAAUGGCUAUAAUAAAGUCAAAUCUGUAUUGCAUAUUGAUAGUAAAGUCUUUGCUGUGGAUCAGCAUUGUUCUGAUGUCUUAAUUUUUCCAUCUCAUCUUAAAAGUGAUCUUCUAAAUAUAGAUCUUUUUAAAGAUUAUAAACUUAUAUUUCAGGACAAAUCUCGAAGUCUCGCUGUCCAUUCUGUAAAGGCUUUAUUAAAUAUGGAUGAUGAUAUCUUAAUGGUCAAUACAGGUUCUUGGUACACAGUUGCCCAUAUGUCAAUCUUAACAAAUAAUAAUACUUCAAAAAUAUUUGUGUGUGGAGUACAAUCACAAGCUAAGGAUCCUGACCUGAAGAAUCUUUUCACAAAAAUGGGAUGUAAAAAUAUUGAGAUACUUCAUGAGACAUUUAUGAAUCUUGAAUUAAAGGAUCAUCGAUUACAGAAAGUUAAAGUGAUUCUGCUGCUACCUCGUUGUUCAGGACUGGGUGUUAGUAAUCCAGUAGAAUUUAUUUUAAAUGAGCAUGAAGAUACAGAUUUACUUAAAGAUUUCUCUCAAGGAGGCCCAUCAGAAGAUAAACUUCAUGUUCUUGCUCAACAGCAAUAUGAACAGCUAACACAUGCCAUGAAAUUUACUAGAGCUCAAGCUAUUGUUUACUGUACAUGUUCAGUUUAUCCAGAGGAAAAUGAAGCUAUUGUUAAGAAAGCACUGGAAUUUCAAGACCACGGGAUUAAAGUACAACCUUAUAGGCUUAGUCCCCCUGUCCUUCCAUUGUGCUCCUUAAAGGAAAUACAUUUGUCUACUGACAAAUUUUUUAGAAUGGAACCAUCUGAAAUUACCAAUGGUUGUUUUCUUUCUGUUCUAACAAGGGAGCGGGACCCAUCUGAGACGGUGUCUGUGAAAGAUGUUUUGGCCCGUGCAGCGGCGAAGGGUCUCCUGGAGGGGAUGGAGUUGGGUGAGCCUUCAAAACGGGAGAAGAAGAAGAAGAAGAAGCAAAGGAUGUCGCUGCCAAAAUCUUCCAUCGCUGAUAACAGCAGCAUCCAGAUGAAAAUUGCCGAGUUCCUGAGUCGAGAAACUACUGCGAGUGCUAAUCAGUCGGAGACAUUAACAACAAAAACAUCUCUUCCACAGAAAAAUACAAAUCAAGUGGGGUCUUCCUCACAGGUCAGAAAACCCAGCAAGCCCACCACCAAUCCUUUAGUGCCUACAAUUAUGAAGAACACAUCUUCCAGACCACAUGAACGGCCAACAAACUUCGUGAGACCUCGGCCAGAAGACAGAAUGACUCCACUGAGACCCACAGAGAUUGCCUUGCCCCCAGUCAUGCUGCCGUUUCCCAGUCCGCAAGGGCUCAGAUCUCACAUGCCAACUCCGCAUUUUUAUUAUCGUUGGGUCGGGCCCAAGACUGUCUUGCCUGGCUAUCUUUCCACACCAUCAAUACCCAGAAGAGGGGAAAAACCUAAAGAAAACUUACCUUCCUCUCUACCCAGGCAUCCUCGACCAUAG